AUGGGCAAGGCAGGGCGCGCAGUGUGCAUCUUCACGCCGAUGGCGCUGACCAUUGCAUCCUUUGUCUGUGUUCUUCUCAUCAACCUGGGCGGCAUCAGCAAAUCCUCAACGACACUGAACAAUCUUCACUUCUUCAGCGCCGACUUUUCAAACUUCACAACCGACAGUAGUACACUGGGUACGGUGAUCAACCUGGCCAAGGAGGAGGGCUUCAUCUCCAACAAGUACGAGAUCUUCCUCUGGAACUACUGCGACAGCGGCAAUGGCACUAGCAGUCAGAACAUCACUCAUUGCUCGUCUCGCCAAACUGGUUUCUGGUUUAACCCCUACCAGGUGUGGAGUUUGGAGAAGGCUCUCAAUGCUACUGAAGACGCUGCCUCGGAUCUUGCAGGAUCUAGUGUUGACAGCAGCAUCAUCUCAAAGCUCGAAAGCUAUGUCUCGAGCAAUGCCGACGCUCUCUACGACGAGGUCCUCGACAGCAGUACCCGCAAGUCAAUCGCUCUGUACAAGAAGUUGAGCAAGUGGAUGUUCGCCGCCUACUUUGCAGGUCUAUGGGCCUUGGUCGUGACCAUUGUAUUCGGCAUAUUAGCCGUGUGCUCGCGCUUCGGCAGCUUCCUUACCUGGAUCUGCGCCAUCAUCUCUACGAUCCUCAUCUUUGGCGGCUCUAUUACCUCGACAGUUAUGUUCAGCAUUCUGGUCUCUACCCUGCAUGAAAAACUCAAGGACUACAAUGUCAAGGUUAGCUUGUCUACGCAUAUGCUGGGUGUUACAUGGCUCGCCACCGCCUUCAUCCUCCUCGCCACCCUCUUCUGGCUGUUCAGCUGCUGCUGCUGCUCCGGCAAGUCCAACCCGCACCACAGAAGCAACAAGGAAGCUCCCGCCGCCGAGCUCGGUCUCCCUACCUCUGGCUUCCUCAACAGAGGCCGCAGCACCAAAUCCGAGAAGAGCGGUACGGGUUAUCAGCGCGUUGAGUCUCCUUAUGCACACCAGCGUGGCGACUCUGACGCUGUGCCGCUUGCUCAUGUCAAUGGCGGUGCGGCGGACUCGUACUAUAAGCAGGAAACUGGGUAUGUGCAUGCGCCGCAGAGUCCUGUGUGGGAUGCGCGUGCUGCGCCUCGCUCAAACGGGGGUGCGUAUGAGCCUUAUCGCCACAACAACUAA